CAUAGGUUGGUAAUAGUGGAAACAAUUUACACUAGAAAAGAUUAAACCCUGUUUCAAAAGAAAAGCUUAUGCUAGUCAUAAUUUUCAAUCAACUAAUCUCCCAAUGAAAGGAGAGGACUUUCUUUGAUAGAGAAUCAGAUUCUAAAGGUGGGUUUUUUUUUUUUUUUUUUGAGUUAAGUCAGCUAAGAAAAUACCAAGCAUAAGCAGUGGAGUGUUAAGGGAAGUGGUGUAGUAGGCCACAAUUGCCCACCAUUCUUUGCCUAAACCUUCAUGAUUCUCUUUCCUUUUCUCUUUCCCCUUAUUAUUUUCUCUGCAAAUCUUCUCCAUCUUCAUGUUCGUCUUUGCUUGAUUUGCAGGGAAAUUAUUUGAGAAUGAGUUUUGUUGAGGGAAAUGUUAUGAGUUCAAGUGAUGGGACAGUUGCAGAUUCUCUCCAGAAGGCUGGGGACUCGGCAGGGACUAACCAUUGGAAGAGAAGGAAUCUUUUUCUUGAGAUACCUUCUCGAACGAUGGAUUUUGUUGCGAUAAAAAUGCCCCCAACAUCAAGUCCUACACCCAGGAAAGUGAAUUUUGUAUUAACACCUACCUCCUCUUCAGAUGCUAUAGCUAGUGGAUCUUCAGGGCCAUCUUCAUCCAGAGGGACACAUGAGAAGCCUCAGGCUUUAAAGCCCUUGUUGUCCGUGGCAACGAUGUUUACACCUAGGUCGAACCAAGCUUCAUCACUACCUGUAACUCCUAUAGCUCAUUCUAAUCCAGAAUCUACACAUGAUGAAAACAAAGGGAGUGAACAGGAAUCAGUAAGAAGAGGAUCUCAGAAACGGAUAUCGCGCUCUCUUUCUCUUCCAGUCAAUAACAAGGGUAGAAGUAUAAGGAGGACAGAUUCAUUUUUUCGUGUAAUUCCUUCAACCCCACGACCGAAGGAAGGGGAUAUGACAUUGAAUACUUCGACGACAGUAGAAAUAGAAACUAAAGAUGCCAAUGGUGAAGACAUCGCUGAAGAAGACGCUGUUUGUAGAAUUUGCAUGGUUGAAUUGUGUGAAGGAGGUGAGACUUUAAAGAUGGAAUGUAGCUGCAAAGGAGCACUUGCUCUGGCUCACCAAGAAUGUGCAGUUAAAUGGUUUAGUAUCAAGGGAAACAAAACGUGUGACGUUUGCAAGAAAGAGGUUCAAAAUCUUCCUGUAACUUUGUUAAAGGUCCAGAGCAUUCGAACUCAAGUAUUCGGGGUAGCUAGAACUCAGCAGGAUAAUGUUAAUGGAUAUAGGGUCUGGCAGGAGUUUCCCGCGCUUGUGAUUGUUAGCAUACUUGCGUACUUCUGCUUUCUUGAGCAACUACUGAUGCAGGUUGCAAAAAUGGGCACCAGUGCAAUUGCCAUUUCACUUCCAUUUUCUUGCGUUUUGGGUCUACUCUCGUCGAUGACCUCUUCAACUAUGGUGAAAAGACGAUUUAUAUGGGUAUAUGCAACAGUUCAAUUUGCAAUGGUGGUUCUCUUCUCUCACAUAUUUUACUCCGUGGUUGGUGUCCAAGCAGUUUUGGCUAUCAUACUGGCUACAUUAACUGGGUUUGGCAUCAUCAUGAGUGGAAGUUCAAUUAUUGUUGAAUUUUUAAGAUGGAGAAGUCGAUGGCGGCUACCAUCACCACAACAGCACCUCGAAUCUCAGAGAAUAGCACAACCGGUACGAUCGCCUAUAGCUAUAAGUUCGCUGCACAAUGCUAUACCCCGCCAGCAUCACCCGGUUGUCCAGACAUUAACCAGAAGUUGAAUUGGAACGGUGCUGGCCAAAGUGAGUUAUCUUAUUUUUUGAUGUAUUGUAUAUGGUUUUCGUUAGUCUAGGUGGUGACUUUUCCUGAACCAUAGUUUCCUUGUAUAGACUUUAUGCCAUGGUUCUGGAAGUUGUCGACUUGACACAAAUUUGUCCAUAAAAGGAACAUGAGAAAAUCACAGAGUGAAUUUGAGGUUGAUUUCGCUUUCACAAGGUGUAAUUCAGGUUUCUUAAGCUAAAAUAAAUAUAUGCUGGCAAAUAUAAACAAUGA